AUGGAGACCUUCGCCGCUCGUCUAGCAACCUUCGACUCUGUCGUGCCAUCCAUCAACUCGAGAACCUCCAGUUCAAGGAACAUUCAACCGCAAAGAUGGGUUUGGGAGUCGCCAUCACCAGAGCAGCUGGCUCAUGCUGGUUUCUAUUUCCAACCAUACGACACUAACCCCGAUAACACGAUGUGUUUCCUCUGCGGGCGGGCACUAGACGGCUGGGAAGAGGGAGAUGACCCUGUAACAGAACAUUUGAAGCAUUCACCCGAUUGUGGUUGGGCGAUCAUCAUGGAUAUUCAGUCAAAAACAUCCAAUCCCGCGGAGAUUGUCGACCCCACCAGUUCCUCUAUUGUUGAAGCUCGCAGAGCAACGUUCGCAGUUGGAUGGCCACACGAAGGUAAACGUGGCUGGGUGUGUCAGUCAGAAAAGAUGGUCGAAGCCGGAUGGUAUUUCUGCCCUAAUGAAGAAAGUCCGGACUUGGCCAGUUGCCCUUACUGCAAAUUGUCCUUGGACGGCUGGGAGGAAGCGGAUGAUCCAUUUGAGGAACACUACCGCCGAUCAUCAGAUUGCUCCUUCUUCGUCUUCGCUCUCCCUGCAAAAACAACCAAGAAGAACACUCGCGCCAAAAAACCUCGCACUUCAAAGGCUUCACGACUUUCGACACAGUCGGUAAUGACCACAGCUUCGGAGGCCCCAACAAUUGAUGACGACAUGAUGGAUGUCAGCAUCAUGUCUCAGUCAACAGUCAGGUCUCAGACGACGACUAAGAAAGCAAAGGCCACGAAAAAGGCUACCAAAUCACGAGCCAAAAAGACCAAGAAAGACGAACCUACGGAAGUCGUUGAAGAAGUGGAGCCUGAGCAGGUUGAAAUUCAGGCACCUGAGCCAGAAAAGCCUAAACGCGCUACUAGAGGGAAAAAACGAGGCAGCGAAGCUGUUGUUCAGGAAAUGUCCGCCAUGACCUUGACAGAUCCAGUUGUCGACUCAGAACCAUCACCCAAGAGGCGAGCUACAGAAACUCGUCACAGCGUGUCUCAACAGCCUGAAGAGAUACAGUCUGAUAUCCCCGACGAGGCUCCGUUGGAUGUGGCCACUUCUCCCGUAAUGCCCAAGAAAGGCCGCAAGGGAACUAAGAAAGGUACAUCGACCAGGACGCGAAAGGCUUCAACAGCUUCCUCAUUUGGAACAACUACACAGAGCAGAAUCCCGGAUGAUUCAGUUCUAGAGGCAGCCAUUGAAGCCGAUUUGGCUCGCAACAUGGAAGAUACGGAGCCUUUUGAAUUCCACUACAAAGACGAAGAGCGAGAGAGUGCCCGAUUCCGAAAGCAGUCAAUAUCUACAUCUAUAAAGGCUCCAUCAGAAUCGCAAUAUGACCGUGAAGCAACUCAAGAGGCCGUAGAGGCAGAGAAGCCAGCUCCCGAGGAAGACUCAGUCAUCGAGAUUGUCCCAGAGCCGAAGCAGAAGAAACAAUCAAAGCGGAAAGCUCCUGCAAAGAAAUCGAAAAAAGAAAAGGCUCCCGAACCUGAGCCCGAGCGCGAACCAGAAGUUGAACAAGAGCUAGAGCCAGCGUCAGUAGCUGAAUUGGAACCUGAACCGGAACCCAAGCCUGAGCAAAUAGCUGAACCCGUCGAAUCAAAGCCAAAGCGCACUUCACAACAGAAACGCUCUAAGAUCCAGGAACCAUCCGCCGAGGAAGUUUCACAGGUUGUGAUGGAAGUCGAGCCCGCUGUACGCCAGGGUUCGGUCGUUGCCGUGGAGAUUGAAAUGCAGGAUCGUCAGCCAGAAAUAGACGAGGCUAACGACAAGCAGCCAGCCAAGAAGCAGGGCAAGAAAGCUGUCACCAAAGGGAAAAAGCCGGCCGCAUCCAAGAGAAACGAAAGUGACAUCGCCAUGGAAGAGCAAACCGAGACAGUUGAAUCUCAUGAAACACCUCCUGAAGCUCCAAAGCCUAGAAAACGUGAGUCAAAUCGCGAAUCAAAGCGCAAGUCUAAAGAGACCAAAGAGGGCUCUAUGAUCAUGGACGAGCAAGAAGAUCUCGUACCAGUUUCAGCACAGGAGGAGACAGAGGAACGGCCUGUCAAAACAAAGCAUGGGCGACCUACCAAAGAGGCGCAAGAGGUUUCUGAGGAGAAGCCAGUGGCUGAAGCCAAACCGAGACGAGGUCGACCUUCAAAACAGCGAUCUAUUCAAGCCGAGGAACUACCCGAAGCACCCAAGCGCGAGCAACAAUCAAAGAAGCCUCAGGCGCCUCCUCCUAAGAAUACUCAGCGCUAUAGUGACUUGCCGAAAGACAGACAUCGUGCACAAAGCUUUAUCGAGUCUGUCGCAAAUUCCUCACCUCAGCGACCGUCACCAAAUAAUACGCAUUCAACAACACAAGAAAGGACGCCAUCUCCAUCACCACAAGCAUCCGACGCUGAAAAUCAGCCACCAUCUACACGACCACGUUCAGCCCGGCCUCCUAUUAUUUCCCCAUCAAAACCGGCUGCUUCUCGUAUACCUUUCGCAGCCAGCACGCCAUCUCCAUCCAAGCGACAAGGUGAGGGAUGCUUGUCGUCCACCCGGUCGUGGGAGCCGAUGGACAUUGAAGAGCUUCUUGGAAGUUUCAGUGACAAGGAGAACCGUGACUUUACGCUCAAUCAAGGCAAUCUCAAAGACAUCCUGACGAGUCCUGAGAAGAAGAUGACAGUCGAGGAAUGGGUAUACUUCAAUGCCAAGAAUGGUGAGGAGCGACUGCGGCGAGAAUGCGAGAAACUGAUUAGUAUUUUCGAGCGGGAAGGCGGCCGAGCUAUGAGGACAUUGGAAGGUAUUGAAUGCAUUGAUUGA